AUGGGAUGUUUAACUGUCAUCAAGAACAUGAAGAAGAAGUAUGAAAGGUCCAAAUCACAAAUCGGAAGUCGUAAUGAGAAGGUAUCUACAGCAAUGCCUCAACUUCAAGCUUCUCGCUCAUUACACUUCAAUCCUCAAAAUCCUAAGUCUAGCGUGAAAUCUGCUAACCCGAUUAACCGAGUUACCUACAACAGAACAAGAGCUUUAUCCGCUCCAUCAGCUCUUGAAGCUGCAGAACAAGAAGCGCUGGCCUCAAUUGAGCAAGAGGAACAAGAAAUGUCGAAAACUCUAGCGAGAUUAAUGAAGGAGCCUCGUGUACCUAGUCCAGUACCUAGUCCACUACCCUUACCUCUUCCAUCUCCUCGAAGUAGGGGUCCAUUGAAGUUAAGGAUGACUAGUGAUCCUUUCUAUGCUUCUGGCUCAGGUAUUGAUACAGCAGAACAAGAUGGUUUUGAAACAUUUCAGUAUGAUGCGCGAGAAUGGUCUAAAAACCGAGACAGAUCUAUGAAGAAACAGCAUCUAGCUAGACCACUACCUUUACCGCCUAAAGGAAGAUUUCCAUCGAAGGCUACUAGCAGCUAUAAGUCAGGAGCAGUUUCUGAUUCGGUUCGUUUCUUUCUGUACGAGGAAAUUGUCGCUGCUUGUCACAAUUUCCGUUCGGAUAGAUGCUUGGCAGAAUGUUUUUCUUCCACCGUAUAUAAAGCUUCCUUUUUUCAUGAAGCUUCGUGUAAGAAGCUUAAAGCCACUGUCACGCGCCUUCACCCAUCAACUCAGGGCUUGAGAGAAUUCAUGAAUGAGGUUAGUAGUCUUGCAAAAAUGCAACAUCCGAACAUCUGUAAAUUGCUCGGAUUUUAUGCAUGCGAUACCUCUGAAACAAGAAUGUUGGUUUACGAGAGGCUAAGCAAUGGGAGCUUGGACAACCUGUUGUUCAGGAGACCUGACGGCCCUUCGAUUGAUUGGAACACAAGAAUGAAAAUCGCCUUCUCUGCUGCACAAGGUCUUACUUUCUUGCAUGAUGAAGGGCCUUCUAAGGCAAUGUAUAAUGAUUUUUCAGCCGUGAAUAUACAGAUUGAUAUAGAUUUCAAUGCAAAGCUUUCGGGAUAUGGUUUUGUUGGACAUAUUGUAGAGGAUGCAUUUUCAAGAAGUUCAGCUGCGGCUGGAAAUCUUUCUGUGGAGACAUGGAGAAGAGGAAAGCUUACUCCAAAGAGCAAUGUAUGGGGUUUUGGAAUUGUUCUUCUGGAGCUACUCACAGGAAGAAAGAAUUUUGACAUGAAUCUCCCCAAGAGAGAGAGGAACUUAGUCAGAUGGUGUCAACCUUUCUUAACCGACAACUUAUUUGUGAUCAUGGAUUCUCAACUUGAAGGUCGGUUUCCACCCAAAGCAGCAAGAAUAGUAGCUGACAUUGCGCAAAGAUGCCUCCAAAAGGAAGCAUCAGAAAGACCAUCCAUGAGAGUCAUUGUUGAGAAUCUCAAAAUCUUACUAGAUAUGCAGUACCCUUGUUGGUUCCCACUGCACGAGCCGGCCGCUGUGUACAGAAGACAAAUGGCAAAAUCACUAAGUGUUGAUGGUAUCAGUUAUGGACCUAGUUUGGGUUUCUCUCCUCCGUGCCUACCAUCAAUCGAAACAUCUAUUUCACAUCCUCCAAGAUGGUCUUCUGUUCCCGUAGCGCUUCCUCCUCCUCUUCUUCGUUCCUCCAAUGUCAUUACUGAGGAGAUCAUUAAGGAGGAAAGUACAAAGCAAUCAUCUUCAGUAUCAGAGAAAGCUUAG